AUAUAAGUACUCGGAGAGUCACUGUGUGUAACAGUGAUAUUGUAGUUGGUGAGAGAGAGAAGAGUUAUAGAGAGAGAAAGACGCCAUUAAAGGAAAGGAAGGUGGGAAAUUAGACGGAUCUUUUGUCCCAUUUUCGAAAUACCUGGAUAAAUCAAGGAAUAGGAUGUAUGGAGAUUGCCAGGUGCUUACGUCCUCAUUGGGAGGAGGAAUGUCGACGGACACCCUGUUUCCGUCGCAGGUGGUCGGUCAGAACCCUAAUUUCAACUUCAUGGCUAAUUUGCCAUUCCAUUCUUACCCUCAUCCUCCUCCAUUAAUCCCUAAAGAGGAGGUUGUUUUGAUGAGAAGAGGAGGGAAGGAUGAGAUGGAAAGUGGAUCAGGAAGUGAACAAGGAGGAGUUUCAGGGAAUGAUCAAGACGGCUUCGAUCAUCAUCUUCAACAGCAUCAUCAGCAGCAACAGUUGCAGAUAAAUUCAAAGAAGAAACGCUACCAUCGUCACACGGCUCGUCAGAUCCAAGAAAUGGAGGCGUUGUUCAAGGAGUGUCCGCACCCAGAUGACAAGCAAAGGCUAAAGCUCAGCCAAGAACUCGGUCUCAAGCCACGACAAGUGAAGUUCUGGUUCCAGAAUCGCAGAACCCAAAUGAAGGCUCAACAAGAUAGGUCAGACAAUGUAGUAUUGAGGAACGAGAAUGAAAAUUUAAGGAAUGAAAAUUACAGGCUUCAGGCUGCCCUGAGGAGUAUAAUUUGCCCUGCUUGCGGUGGUCCUCCCGGCAUGAUGAUGGGCGAUAUCUGUACCUCCGAAGAUCACAACCUUCGCCUCGAAAAUGCACGUCUCAAGGAAGAGUUUGAACGAGUUUGCUGCAUUGCUUCAAGAUAUAGUGGAAGGCCACUUCCAUCAAUGGAACCGGCUUCAGACUCUCUUCUCCAUCCUUCCUUGGAUCUAGACAUGAACAUCUUUUCAAGGAAUUUUCACGACCCCAUCUCAAAUUGUGCAGACAUGUUCCCAGUAGUGCCCAUUGUCCACGACAAUCCUCAUUUCGUAUCUUCUCCUCCCGAACUCAUGAUCUUGGAGGAUGAGAAACCUCUAGCCAUGGAGAUGGCAAUGUCAUCUAUGGAUGAGCUUAUCAAGAUGUGUCAGUUUGGGGAGCCAUUAUGGAUGAGAAGCGAAGGUGGUUCUGGUUCUUCAACUGAUCGUGAAACGUUGAACAUGGAAGAGUACGGUAGGAUGUUCCCGUGGCUGAAGCAACAACAAUCCGGAAACAACAACCAGAUGAUUAAGAUGGAGGCCACCCGCUGCAGUUCCAUGGUCAUUAUGAACAGCAUAACCUUAGUUGACGCGUUUCUAGAUGCUAACAAAUGGUUGGAGCUAUUUCCUUCAGUUGUUUCACGAGCAAAGACUCUUCAAAUCAUCACAUCUCCUGUCUCCGGUCAUGCCAGCGGUUCCCUUCAUCUGAUGUAUGCAGAGUUACAAGUGCUUUCUCCAUUGGUGCCGACAAGAGAGAUGCAUUUCCUUCGUUACUGCCAACACAACCCGGAAGAAGGAAGCUGGGCAGUUGUUGAUUUCCCAAUUGAAAGAGGAAACUUUCACUUCCAAUCUAAUUCAUUCCCGAGAUGGUACAAGAGAAGACCAUCUGGCUGCAUCAUUCAAGACAUGCCCAACGGCUACUCAAGGGUUACAUGGGUGGAGCAUGGAGAUGUAGUAGAAGAUGAUAUUACAGUCCAUCAAGUAUUCAAUGAAUAUGUUAACAGUGGAAUGGCUUUCGGUGCUUCCCGUUGGCUAGCAGUUUUGCAGAGACAGUGCGAGAGGUUCGCCAGCCUCAUGGCCAGAAACAUUUCAGACCUCGGAGUCAUACCUUCCACGGAAGCUAGGAAGAACUUGAUGAAUCUUGCUCAAAGGAUGAUUAGGACUUUCUGCACCAACAUCAGCACCUCUUGUGGCUUGUCGUGGACAGCCUUGUCCGACUCAUUGGAAGACACGGUCAGGAUCGCAACCAGGAAGGCUACUGACCCAGGGCAGCCCAAUGGGUUAAUCUUAACCGCUGUCUCGACUACGUGGUUGCCUUAUCAUCACUUCCAGGUGUUUGAUCUCUUGAGGGAUAAGCAGCGCAGAGCCAAGCUUGAUGUUCUAUCUAAUGGAAAUUCGUUACAUGAGGUGGCACAUAUAGCAAACGGAUCACAUCCCGGGAAUUGCAUCUCUCUCCUACGUGUCAAUGUAGCGAGUAAUUCGUCACAAAACGUGGAGUUAAUGUUGCAAGAGAGCUGCACGGAUGAUUCUGGCAGUCUGGUCGUAUACUCGACCGUGAAUGUUGAUGCCAUUCAGCUAGUGAUGAGUGCCACCGUGGACGAACCGUCCACGUCAUCAUCAUCGUCAGCACCGUCCUUGUUGGCAUCGUCCAUUCCUCUCCUGCCUUUGGGAUUCGUGAUUAUACCCAAUAACAAUGGGUGUCUAUUGACGGUUGGACUUCAAGUAUUGGCUAGCACAAUUCCAAACGCAAAACUCAGUCUUUCUAGCGUCACGGCAAUCAACACCCACAUAACCAAUGUGGUGCACCAAAUUAACGCAGCUCUUGGCGGUGGCGGCGGCGGCGGUUCUGGUUCGGUGAUGUUUGAGGGCGAGACAUCUGGUGUUGGACUGCGGGUCCAACAAGAAGAAGACUAAACUAGGUGGUUCCUUAAUCUUUUCCUUGCCCACAUGUGGUAAUUACCAAAAACCUCCCUCUCUAAUUUGUUUUUGAAAGGGAUGUUAUGGGUAAUUAGCUGAGAAGGGCAGGGGUAAGAAGGGGAGAAUAAUAAAAGACAAGAAAGAUAUUGGUGUGUUUGUUUCUUUAUAAAUUUGUUAUUAUUAAUUAGUGUGUGUGGUUUUGGGGGGAAGGCUUGGAAGUCAAGAGCGCACCAGAUGACGGGGAGCCUUUGCUUUUUUUGGUUGUUUUGAAGUGCUAAAAUGCGCAGGAUGCGUAAGUUUGGUAGUAAUGUGGCCAAAUUUGCAAAGGGGUGUUGGUGAUAUAUGUGGUUCGGGAAUUGACUUCUACUUGGUUUGUUUGGUACUUUAAAAACUCUUUUAUGGUUUAUUUAUCAUUAAUUAAUUAAUUAAUUAAUUGCUCUUAAUUUGUUUUU